AUGAGGAAAUUCAAUCUACCGGUAGGAUUGCUGUGCCUCCUUCUUCUUAAAGGGUCCCGAGCCUUUCUCCCUAACAAUGGGUUUCGAAGGACAAUCACUAGUGAAACAAGAGAGGCUCCUAAAAUCUACAGUGACCAAAAAAUUUCCCUAACAUCAUUGAAUCUGGCCGUCGAUCUUGCUUCGAGUUCUGAGCUGUUGUCGUCCUUAAGCUUGAACAUUGAUCGUGAGCAGGCUGAAGCUCUGGCGGGUCCUUUCUUUGGCGCAAGUCUUUUUCCAUAUUUGGCGUUUCUGUAUUUUUUGAAUGUGAAGGAAAACAACUGUCCGAAAGGUGUGACUGUAGGCUUUGCUACUUGCCUCCUCUUUGUGUUCUUGACCAUCCCGGCAGCGAUUACGGCUCAGGUCCUGUAUGGAGUUUCCCUAGCAGAUUCAGAUUGGCUACAUGGAUCUGCCGAGUCUCUAUUGACGAUUACUAAUUUGGUCACUGUCAUUGCCUUUCGACAAGCUCUUGAAGCCAAGGAGAAGAAUCUUCCAAUGCCACAAAGUGCGACCAGUUGGGGACCCAUGACAUCACUCAUGCUUGGUCUCACCGGAGUUGCAAUUGUCACUGCGGUUGUUCCUGCUGUCCUGGGUCCCACCGUUCACACCCCUUAUCUAGCCGGCUUCAUGGAUCUGCCGCUUUCCCUUGACGGAUUUGGAGCGAACCCUGAACCAGAGAACGCACUCACUAUUGCAACUUGGAUCAUUCAUGUAUCCAGUCUCGUAGAGUUCCUUGUAGCUAUGGGAUUUGCUUGGCGAUGGGCUGACAUUGUCGACAAUCCGACAUGGAAAGGUCUUACAUGGGGUUUGUUGCCAUUGCACAGUUCUGGUAUUACUGCAUGCACAUAUCAUCUUUUCUUCAAUCGCAUUCCCGUGUUGGUACCACUGCAGGCCCUACUGACAUGUGUGGGUAAUACAACAGCUGCAAUUGCCACCUAUCGAAUUGCUCGCUCAAAUGGGUGGCAGCCAGACGUAGACGAAAGAAUACAGAAUACGGUGAUCCCAUUGUUGGAUAAACUCACUAAAAGUCGUACUGGAGAAUUUCAAACAAAAAUUGUUGAGUCAGACUCAUUGGUUGGUUUUGAAGAUUUGGGCGCAGCAUUGGCAGGGGAUAACGAUUAUACCUUCCUAAUCAAGCUUUUUGGAGGAUGUGCUGCAGCUUCCUAUGCCAUCAAGUAUGGGGAGUUGUACUUUGAUUUUCCAUACGAAGCAAAUGUGUACUUAGGGUUCGCAGUGAUUGGUGUCCCAUCGGCACUGAACGCCUUCAAGUGGUACAAACGAUCGCAAGAUCCAACGUUUGAAGGAUGGUUUUAA